CGGACACCGAGAUGGCGACGCGAUACCGGGCGAGACCAAAGAAGACUGGCAUUCCAGCCGUCGUGAAGUUGCCGUCCAUCCACAAGAGCCCUUCCAGCUCGACUCCAGGCUCCGCAAGCGACUGCAAGGCUGCCACAUAUCCAUCCGCGGGUUCAUCUUCAUCUUCCACAUCCUCAUCAUCAUCAUCUGGACGAAAGAAGAAAGGACAUCGCAAACACACGGUUCCCAAAGCUGAUAGCCACCAACACCGACAAGAUGAUGUGUCGGAGGAUGCGGUGGAGGAAGACUUGGAGUUGGUAAAGGCGAUGCAAGAGCAGCUUGCGCUUCAGCGACAACUGCUGCAAUACGAGUAUGAACUGGAACAGCAGCAAGACGCAGCAAAUGACGCGCAAAGCGGCAUUGACCUCCAACAGGCGUACGAGGAGACGAGGAAGGCCAUUCGGACGGCACGUGGUGGACGGAGAAAGAAGGCCACUGGCGGCAGUUCCUCAAGACAGGUCAACGACGAUGACGACGAUGAUGCCCAUAUCACGCACCCAUCUGGUCCGUUAUGAUCUGUCGCCAUAGUCGAUGCCUGUGUGCAUGUGAUUGACUUGGGUUGAUUUGAUUGCUUUUGCUGCUUUUGUUUGCUGCAUCUGUUGUUUUGUAUUUGAAGGGGAACGGUGUGCACGUUCACGUGUAACUGAAAAUGAACCAACAAGACCACAA